CGGGGAGACCACGAGAAGGGACACGUUUAGCGUAAGACCAAACAGAAUUUAAUCUUCUGUCAGCGGCGUUAGUCAUGUCACGGAGUUCAGCACCUGUCUUAACGUCAUUGCUGUUGUUACUGAUGUUGCCUCCGUUACUGCUAUUAGACGCUACGAUUGUUGGAGCAGGCUCGGAGACCAGCUGCAGCCUAAAGAGUUGUGCCAUAUUGGACGCAGAGCUACUUCAAGAUUAUGUGAGCAGUUUGAACGAGACGGAACUGAACGUUACGUAUUUUAAUACAGAAAAGGAACUCCUACCUUUUGGUGCCUUGCCAUCGGAUUGGUCGAGGUUGUUGUUACUUCAAAAUCGUCAACCAAAAGGAACACCACUGCACGAUAAUCUCCUUAAGCUUUCGCGGCUCUUGCUUGCGGCGCAUUUUGAAAGUGAUGAGCAUCAUAAUUGGACCGAUGAUGGGCAGAGCAUCGAUAGUGUAACAACUCUUGACAAUCUAAUGGUGGACUCAUAUACUGAAUUCGACGAUCAACAUGCGCCCAAUAUAAAAUUCAAUUCAAUAGAGAAGAACAGUGAUUUGAUUAAUUCGAGCCUUGAUGUUAUCAGAGAAAUAUACAAUAAUGAGAACCAGCUAAAAGAUGAAAAAUUUCCUGUCAACAAGGACGAUCCAGCUGCAACAUCUUAUUACGACUUCCUGAGUUUUACCAUUAGUACGACAAAUUUCAAUCAGACUUUUUUCGAAUCUACGAAGGAUAACGAGACGAGCAGAAACAAGUCAAACAAAACUUUAUCCAUUGGCGAAAAUGAAGAUGAAUCAUUUCAGGUUACUACUCGAACUUCUGGGAAUUCUUUUAUUUGGUCGAGCUCGCAAUUGAAUGAAUUAGAAGAGGAUAACAGCUAUUGGAGUAAUUCUGUUGUUACCGGCAGUAGUUUUGCUUCGUCAACUUAUAGCAAUGAACAAAGCUCGGAAUACAGCAGUGAAAACGAGGCAAUGCACGAACGUAGUAAAGAAAAGUUUGCUAUCUCGCAUUUACAGAUAAAGGAUAAUAAGAAUGAAAACAGGAAUAAAAAUGAGACUAGUUCGAUAAGUUUUAGUGUUUUGAUGAGUGACGGCAAUACCGAUUUCCAUCGCCAGAAAAAUAAUACCGUAAAUCAUACCGAUAAUUUUAAUAUAAAUAUAACAAAUCUGUUAGUUAGAUUUGAUUCCGACUUGAAAAAGAAAGAUAGUAGAGAAGAGUUACUUACACAGAGCAUCGAGGAUUUUUUUGCUGACGAAGACGAUAUUAAUCGUAACGACGAUUCCAAUUUUGUAAAUAGCACAGAUUUAGUUGCAGACAAUGUUGAAGCAAGACGUUUCAUGAGUUCCGAGAGUUUGAAUAAUAGUAGUGACAGAAAUGAAAUUAUGCAUGAUGUUCCUAUCAUGACUGACUCGAACAAAGUCUUAGUGCAGAAUACAGAAACAUCAAUAGAAAUAUAUCCUUUAAAUUUGUCGAAUUUAGAUAAUUUAGAUAAGGUUUACACUGAAAAUUUUACUUUUAUAGAAUCGAUCGCUGACGAAUUAUUCGUAACAACCAAUUCAAUUUGA